AAAAAUAUUUCAUCUAGGAAGCUGUUCUGGGACCCAACUUCAAGUUUCUUGUUAAACCCUCUGCAUUCCAUCUCUAUGAGCCACAAUUGGAUUACACAAUGACGUGGAGAAUGGGACUCAGUUUCACCAUGUUGUUGGCAGUAUUGCUGGUAUGUGGAUCAGAACCCCAACUCCAUGCCAAGAAAAAAAGGAGCCAUGAAGGGUGGAAAUUACCUCUGGUUUCCCAAACUGGCAAUAGACCAGCUCGGUUUCUGAGGCACACAGGGAGGUCUCAGGGAAUUGAGAGAUCCACUCUAGAAGAAACCAACCUUCAGUCUCUCCAAAGAAGGAGGAAUAUGCCAGUUUUGAGACUAGUACACCCAACCGUAUCAUCAGCCCCUGCGGGCAUCCAUGGGGCCUUCGUGAGACCUGAGCAGAGACCAACAGCCAAGCGCUCCCCUCGUGAAAUGGUCCGAGAUGAGGGGUCCUUGGCUCGGUCAAGAAUGUUGCGUUUCCCCUCUGGCUCCAGCUCCCCCAACAUCCUUGCAAGCUUUGCAGGGAAGAACAGGGUGUGGGUCAUCUCAGCCCCUCAUGCCUCGGAGGGCUACUACCGCCUCAUGAUGAGCCUUCUGAAGGACGAUGUGUAUUGUGAGUUGGCAGAGAGACACAUUCAACAGAUUGUGCUGUUCCACCAGGCAGGCGAGGAAGGGGGCAAGGUACGGAGGAUCACCAAUGAAGGGCAGAUCCUGGAGCAGCCCUUGGACCCAAGUCUCAUCCCCAAACUGAUGAGCUUCUUGAAGUUAGAGAAGGGGAAGUUUGGCAUGGUGCUGCUGAAGAAGACCCUCCAGGUAGAAGAACGUUACCCGUAUCCGGUCCGACUAGAGGCCAUGUAUGAGAUCAUUGACCAGGGUCCCAUCCGCAGGAUAGAGAAGAUCAGACAGAAGGGUUUUGUCCAAAAAUGUAAAGCCUCUGGUGUAGAGGGACAGGUGGUGGAGGAGGGGGACAACAGUGGAGGAGGAAGGUCCAAUCUGGGCAAUGAGAAAAGAAAAGAAGACUCAAGGAGAGCAUAUGUGCCACCAACCAGAGAGAGUCGGGUGAAGGUGGUAAGAAAACUGGUCGUCACUACAGUGGUUCCUCCCCCUGCUCCUCCAACCCCAAGGGCCACCACCUCUCCUCUGGCUCCAGUCACAACAAUGACGCGCUCCACAUCUCGGGUGGUAACUAUAGCUACAAGACCUACAACCAGUACAGCCUUUCCAACCACCCAGAGACUCUGGCCCACCUCAGACUCCCACAGGCCCCCCACCACAGCUGAGGUGAUGACCACUGCAAGGGGGGGCACCGCCUCAGAGAAUCUCUACCCUCCACCCAGGAAGGAGCAACACAAGGAGAGGCCACAACCCACCAGGAGGCCCAGCAAGGCCACCCGCUUUGAGAGUGUCACUGCCGCCCCUCCCACCACCAUCUCAGAACACAGCACGAGGGUUGGCCCGGGCCGUUUCCGGGACAACCGCACAGACAGGCGGGAACAUGGCAACCGAGAUCCAAAUCUGGUGCCAGGUCCUCUAAAGCCAACAAAGGGAAAACCUCCCAAAAAGAAGGCCCAGGACAAAAUUCUUAGCAAUGAAUAUGAGGAUAAAUAUGACCUCAGCCGGCCUACCACCUCUGCCUCUCAUCAGGAGGAGGUGAAGCCAGUGGGCAACAUUCCCCCUAAAAAAGCAAAAGAGUCUAAAAAGCAUGAGAAGCUUGAGAAAUCUGACAAGAAAAAGAAAGCAAAGAAUGAGAAACCAGACAAGCUACUGAAGAGUGAAAAGCAAGUGAAGAAGGACAAGCCUGAGAAAAAGAGUAAGCAGGAGAAAGAAAAGAGCAAGAAGAAAAAGGCUGAUAAAACAGAGCAGGAUGGCUACCCUAAACCCACUGUGAAACACUUUCCUCAGAGUCCCAGGAAGUCAGUGACUGACCUGCUGGGGUCCUUUGAAGGCAAACGGAGGAUCCUGCUGAUUACUGCGCCUAAGGCUGAGAACCACAUGUAUGUGCAACAGCGAGACGAAUAUCUGGAAAGCUUCUGCAAAAUGGCCACCAGGAAAAUCUCUGUGAUCACCAUCUUUGGCCCUGUCAACAACAGCACCAUGAAAAUCGACCAUUUCCAGCUAGAUAAUGAGAAACCCAUGCGCGUGGUGGGUGAUGAGGAUUUGGUAGACCAGCAUCUCAUCAGCGAGCUGAGGAAAGAGUAUGGAAUGACCUACAAUGAUUUCUUCAUGGUGUUGACAGACGUGGAUUUGAGAGUUAAGCAAUACUAUGAAGUGCCAAUAACAAUGAAGUCUGUGUUCGAUUUGAUCGAUACUUUCCAGUCUCGAAUCAAAGACAUGGAAAAGCAGAAGAAGGAGGGCAUUGUUUGCAAGGAAGACAAGAAGCAGUCUUUGGAAAACUUUCUAUCCAGGUUCCGAUGGAGGAGGCGGUUGCUGGUGAUCUCUGCUCCUAAUGAUGAAGACUGGGCCUAUUCACAGCAGCUCUCUGCCCUCAGUGGUCAGGCAUGCAAUUUUGGUCUGCGCCACAUAACUAUUCUGAAGCUUUUAGGUACUGGAGAAGAAAUUGGUGGAGUUUUAGAACUGUUCCCGAUUAAUGGGAGCUCUGUUGUUGAUCGAGAAGAUGUACCUGCCCAUUUGGUGAAAGACAUUCGUAACUAUUUUCAAGUGAGUCCCGAGUAUUUCUCCAUGCUUCUAGUUGGAAAAGACGGAAAUGUCAAGUCCUGGUAUCCUUCUCCAAUGUGGUCCAUGGUGAUUGUGUACGAUUUAAUUGAUUCAAUGCAACUCCGGAGACAGGAAAUGGCCAUUCAGCAGUCACUGGGGAUGCGCUGCCCUGAAGAUGAGUAUGCAGGCUAUGGUUACCAUCAAGGAUACCAGGAUGGUUACCAGGAUGAUUACCGUCAUCAUGAGAGUUACCACCAUGGAUACCCUUACUGAACAGAAAUAUGCAGCCUUAGCCCCAGCCACUGUCCCCUACAGCUGCUGAAGCCACAUGUGGCCAGCUAAGUAAAGGAGUUUUUCCACACUGCCUACAUUCCUUGUCUUUUUCUUUCAUUGUUCUCCUAAGACUAAAUAAAUAGUAAACUUUUGCCUA